AGAGGUUUCGGAAGAAGCUCCAAAAAGAAUAAACAACCAAAAGAUCAGAACUCAAUAUAUUCAAGUAAUAAUGGAUCACAUCUUUCUCUAAGGAGGUCACCUUCUCCAGUGAAAAGUAUACAUUCAAAUGCACAAAAAUUCCAACAACAACAUCAACAGCUUCAAGAACAACCACAAGUUAAACCAUUAUUCCUAUCUGAACCAUUUGUUAAAACCGCAUUAGUCAAAGGUUCUUUCAAAACAAUUGUACAACUUCCAAAAUAUGUUGAUCAAAAUGAGUGGAUUGCAUUAAAUAUUUUCGAAAUGUAUAACAACUUGAACCAGUUUUAUGGGAUCAUUGCAGAAUAUGUCAAACCAGAAUUAUUUCCAACAAUGAACGCUGGUCCAAAAACAGAUUAUUUAUGGGUUGAUCAAAAUAACAAGACAAUCCAACUUCCCGCUAAUCAAUACAUUGAGUAUGUGUUGAAUUGGAUUAGCUUGAAAUUAAGUGACCAGACGUUAUUCCCUACAAAGACCGGUGUUCCAUUCGCUGUUAAUUUCAUUAAAAUUAUUAAAAAUAUUUCAAGGCAAAUGUUUAGAAUAUUUGCCCAUAUUUAUUACAACCAUUUUGAUAAAAUUUUGAAUCUUUCACUAGAAGCUCAUUGGAAUUCUUUCUUUGCUCAUUUCAUAUCAUUUGUUAAGGAAUUUGAUUUGAUUGAAGUUAAUGAGUUAGACCCACUAUCACCCCUUAUUGAGGUUCUUCAACAACAGGGGAAGAUUAUUUAA